AUGCGUGCACAGCCAUUCAAAGGAGAAAGAAGAGUCGCUGACAGAAAUGGAGUUUCUUUAAAGCACACAAAUAAUGUGGCUAGAAUUCUUUACCAUUUUAUUUUAGUAAGAAUCAAGCAAUGGAAGGAAUUUGGAAGAACAGAAGUAAUUGAUAAUACUUUAAAUCCAGAUUUUGUAAGAAAAUUUAUAAUGGACUACUUCUUUGAAGAAAGAGAGAAUCUGCGAUUUGAUUUCUAUGAUGUUGACUCCAAGAGUCCUAACCUAUCAAAACAUGAUUUUUUGGGACAGAUGUUUUGUACACUGGGAGAAAUAGUUGGGUCACAAGGAAGCAGACUGGAAAAAUCAAUUGUAGGAAUUCCUGGGAAGAAAUGUGGAACAGUUAUAGUAACAGCAGAAGAACUAGGCUGUUGCCGAGAUUCAGUUUUAAUGCAAUUUUGUGCAAACAAACUCGACAAGAAGGACUUUUUUGGGAAAUCUGAUCCUUUCCUUGUAUUUCAUCGAAGCAAUGAAGAUGGCAGUUUUACAAUUUGCCACAAAACAGAAGUUGUAAAAAAUACAUUAAACCCAGUGUGGCAGGCAUUCAAGAUUUCUGUCAGAGCACUGUGUAAUGGAGACUAUGACCGGACAAUUAAAGUAGAAGUGUAUGAUUGGGAUAGAGAUGGAAGCCAUGAUUUCAUCGGAGAAUUCACGACAAGUUACAGGGAGUUGUCGAGAGGGCAAUCUCAGUUCAAUGUGUAUGAGGUAAUAAAUCCAAAGAAAAAAGGAAAAAAGAAAAAGUAUAUUAAUUCUGGAACAGUAACAUUGCUUUCCUUCCUAAUUGAAACAGAAGUUUCAUUCCUUGACUAUAUUAAAGGCGG